UGCUGCAAACCUUGCUGCUCCCCCUGCUGUAAACCCUGCUGCUCUCCUUGCUGUAAGCCUUGCUGCUCCCCCUGCUGCUCCCCCUGCUGCUCUCCCUGCUGUAAACCUUGCUGCUCCCCCUGCUGCAAACCCUGCUGCUCCCCCUGUUGCUCUCCCUGCUGCAAACCUUGCUGCUCCCCCUGCUGUAAACCCUGCUGCUCUCCUUGCUGUAAGCCUUGCUGCUCCCCCUGCUGCUCCCCCUGUUGCUCCCCCUGCUGCAAACCUUGCUGCUCCCCCUGCUGUAAACCCUGUUGCUCCCCCUGCUGCUCUCCCUGCUGCUCUUCCUGCUGCUCCCCCUGCUGUAAACCCUGCUGCUGCUGCAAAGUCUGCUGUGUCCCCUGCUGCUGUAAACCUUGCUGCACUCCCUGCUGCUCUUCCUGCUGCUCCCCUCCUUGCUGCUGCAAACCCUCCUGCUAG